AUGGCAUCAGCAAUUUUGUUUCCCAUUCGCUCAUAUCGGCAAAUUGCUCGAGGCAAAGUCCUCCAUAAGCCUUCCCCGUCUUCACUUGGUAACGUCAAAUUCAGCGAGUAUGAGCAGUCUGGCGACGAUGAAGCGACUAGGGUACGUGUUCACGAUGCGCUGGACUCGGAGAGUGUGCAGGUGCAGGCAGAGUUGAAAGAGUUGGAAGAUGAAUUGGCCAUACUACGUGAAGGGCCUUUUGGUCCGAACAGCGAGUUCAUGCAGUCCUUCCCCCCCGAGGAGCGAGAAGAAAUACUGAAGGCCUUGGAAGAGGAAGGCGUUCAUUUGGAGGCGGACGAAGAGUUGCUCACCCCUGAAGAAUUGGAUCAAAUCGCCAGGGCAGCAGAAAGCGACAAACUCGUUGAGAAAACAACCGGCCCGUUGAAAGUUACAUUGGGCAUUCCUACCAAAGAUAGAGUAUAUGUUAAGAGAUUUAACCUGGCACUGCAAGAGGCCGAGGGUGUGCAAGGUAACGCUCGGCCCUAUCUGUCACUCUGGAAAUGGUAUUUGAGGUGCCAGCAGCAGGUAUCCAACUUUGGUGUCAUACUCCCCGAGGAAGUAUGGCAUUUUCUCUGGAAAACCCAAAGCAAUGAGACCAACUUCAGAUCCCGACAUCUGCAGAUGCUCGCCAAAGACAUGACUAAAGCAGAAGUGUCAUUGGCAGACGAAGAGUGGCUCCAAUACAUCCAUGCGCUCCAAACUGGUGGUAAUAUCUCUUUGGCAGCUCAAACAUGGGAUUCCCAGAAAACCCGCAUGGGAAUGAAAGAGAAAGUCGCAUUGGACUUCUGGAUGCUCGGUGUUAAGCUCUACGUUGCCUUGGAGAGACCGCAGAAAGCCCAAAGGCUUGCACUGGAGUGCUAUGGCCGGACAGGCACGGUUGAUCCUGAACCCCUAGUAGCAGUCAUCACAGCAUGGGCCCAGACUCGAAGUCUCAACGCUGAAGAAAGAGCGUGGGCUUGCUAUCUGGAACUACGGAAGCGUUUAGAAACUCGGGAAACGGAAGACGAGACUUUGAGCACUCUUGGUCGCAUCAGCAGUAUCCUUCUCGAAAACGGCCGCCAGCAGCUUGCCUUGGCUGUUUUCAAAGACAUGUUCAUGCUCAGGGCUAGAUCUCCCACUGAUUCCUGGAAGGUUUUCAAGACAGUGUCCAAAAAGAUGGGAAAUACUGAAUCCGCCAGUGAGGAUCAAGUCAGCAAGAUAGGUUUAGCAUCGUUGGCGUUUUUGCCUAAAAGCUUCCACAACAAGUUCUUCUUUGGCUCUUGGAUCAAGUGGUUACUAGGGGAAGGACAAGUCGACGAAGCGGCAUUAAUAGUGGAGUUGAUGUAUGAGCGAGGGAUUCGGCCUGACGCCCGACACCUCAACGGCAUCAUUGCAGCUUGGCUUCGUGAUGGUUCACCUACCGCUGCUGAGAAAGCCGAAUCUACGGCUUGGGCGAUGGUUAGGGCGCGAAUCGAAAUGGUCAGGGAUCGAAAUCGUGAAGGUGGUAAGACUUUGAAACCUUUACUUCUCGAGACGACCGGGCAGGUACGGAAGGUACCAGCCUUCCUUCAGCGUGGUGCUCCUCCUGCCACUAUCGAGACCUUUUCAAUUCUGAUGGUGUAUUAUAACCGACGUUCAAACGCUACCAGCGCCGAUUUCUUGUCUAGGACGAUGAUGGGACCGGCCGAGAUGAACCCUAACUCGUUCAUCAUGAACCACUGGAUGUACGCUUCACUUCGGUCAGGAGACAUACCUGAAGUUUGGAAGACGUAUACCGCUUUUAAGCCUAGAGUGCAACCAGAUCUAGAGACGUACGCGGCCCUUUGGGAUACUGCGAAAGUACAUUUCGGCUCACCAGCGGCACACCUCGACAACGUCCCCUCUCCAAGACAUCUUUUCAAGGAGAUGGUAGAAUGGCAUGCCGGUCUCAAUCGUGAGACGGAAAUGCGAGCUAGAGAAGAAUUUUCUACUGAGCUCUAUGAGCAGAUCAUACGCUGCUUUUGUUUCACGUCCGAUCUCGAGGGCACACUCUGUGCAUUGCAUGGGUUACACCAGACUUUUGAUGUGCUACCACAUGAAGACAUCAAUCGCUUGAUCAUCAUGCAGGUGGCGCGAUCAUUCCCUUCAGUCCUUGGACCCGCCGAACAGGCACGGCUCCGUCGAAGGAGGGGGCCUCUUCGAGUGCGUGGCUCGCAUCUCAAAGUUGCAGUUAAAGCCGUGACAGAAAUCGUGAUGGCAAUCAUGGAGAAGAAGAUCAACGAACAGGACCUGGAUCCGGACCUGCUCAAGGAUACAGACCCGGACGAUGAAGAAGAGGACGAAGAUGAUGAUGGCGACGAAGAAUCAUUUGAGACCCCAGUCGCGCAGGCACUGCGCCUGGACGUCUUGACUUCCUUUUUGUGCAUGGUUCUGGAGAGGCGAAGUCUUACCGCAGUGAGUACGACGGUCUUCGAGAAUAAGGACACUGUAGAGGUGGCAACACCAAUGGCGACAACGGCCUCGAACCAGGUGCAUGCCAGCCGCAAAAACAACUUAGCGGCGAACAACUCCCCGGCUGAGACGAUUUCCACGGCUGCAGAGGAAAUGAAUAUCACGAUCCCAGCCGAAGUCCUAACACGACGAGACUGGGCAGACAUUAGGGUGUAG